AUGAAAAGAAAGAGAAAAAAUUGUAUAGGAUUAUGUUACUGUUCAUUUGAUCAAUUUCAAAGAGGAAUUGAAUUUAUUAAAGAAACAGAUGCCAUAUUAGAUGAAGAUAUUUUCAUAAUUUUAAAAAGAGUAUGUUCUUUUUUAUUUUUCUGUGUUAAAAAUAAUAAUUUUGAUUCAUUAUAUGAUUAUGAAAAUAAAAAAAAAACUUUAGAAAAUGAAGAUAAGAAGAAUAUAGAAGAAAUAAAUGAUAAUAACGAUUUAAUUCUUAGUAAAAAUGAGAUAAUUGAAGAUUAUGAAUUUAAUCAAGAAGAUUUUAUAAUAAUUAAAAAUAUUAAUAGACUGCUAUUAAAUAAGUUAAUAGAUAAUUAUGUUGGAUAUUCAUGGUUAUGUUUAAUAUUGUCAGAAUAUCUAAAUAAGUUAGAUGGAUUUAUUAAAGAUGAUGUAAGUAAAAAUGAAGAAAAAGAUGGAUUAAAAAAAAAUGAUAUAUAUAAUAUUAUAAAAGAAAUAAUCCAAUUAAGAGAAGCUAGUGAAUUUGAACAUAGCUGUAGGAAAAGAUAUUGCAAUAAAAUGAAAAAAAAAGUAAACAAAGAAAAAAGAAAUGUAAAAAAAAGAAAUUAUAUCAAUUAUUUGUUUUGUUAUUACAAUAAUUAUUCUAACUAUAUUUAUAAUAAUGAUAAUAUAAAUAAUAAUUUCAAUAACCAUAAUUUUUUUAAUUUAAAUGAUGACAAUGGUAAUGAUUGGGUUUUUAGUGAUUAUAAUGAAAUAAAAAGCAAUAAUAAUAAAAAAUAUGAUGAAAAAAACAAAAUUUCUGAAAAUCCUGAAAUUCAUGAUGAAUGUUUUUUUAAUAAGGAACAUUAUACAAAUCACGAUUGUGAAAUUCAUGUAAAUAAAAGAUUAAAAAAAAAGAUAAAAAUGAUGGAAAAGAAAAAAUAUUUGAAGAAUAACAUUAAAACAUCAAGUAUGGAGGAUGAUUUCACUAAAAGAAAUAACAAAAUUAAAAAUAUAGAAGUAAAUAAUAAUAACGUUAAGAAUAAUUUAUAUGAAGAUAAUAAGUUUCUUCCAAGAAGUGAUAACUUUUCAAAUGAUGAAAAAUCCAUCAGUUUACUGAAUAGAGAGAAAAAAAAAAAUGUUAAAAAAAAGGAUUUUUCAAAUAUUUAUAUAGGUUAUAACUUAAAAAAAGGUAAUAGUGACAAUAAUGAUAAAAAAGAAAUGAAAACAAAUUAUAAAAAUGUUUAUGAUCAUAAAAAAUUAAAUUGCAUUAAUAUUUAUCUAAAUGAGAACAAUAUAAAUUGUGAAAAUAUAAAUGAUAAAAAAUUAGAUGAAUUAAAUUUAAUUAAUGAUAUAGUUUUAGAUGAUAAGAAUUUAGUUAACGAUUACCAUUUAUGUGAUACAUUAAAAAUACAUGAUCAAAAAAUAAAAAAAGAGGAUGAUAUAAUUGAUAAUCCAUUACAUUAUUUAUACAAGGCAUUAUGUGAUUUUUUAUCAACAAAAUAUAAAACAAAUAAAUUACUGAAAUAUAUGGAUGAAUAUAGAGAUAUGUAUGCAUGGAAACCACCUUCCUUUUAUUGGAAAAUUUUAAAAAGUAAAUAUGUAGUAAGAGAAAUAUUAAAAUUGUAUGAAGAAAGAUAUUUAGACCCAUUUUUAUCUUGUUUAUAUGAAGAUUUUGUUAAUAAAUAUUAUUUUGAAGAUAAAAAAAAUAAUAAUAUAACUACUUAUACAAGUAAUUUUAAUGUUUUCACUUUACGAAUUAGUGAAGAAAUACAGAAAUUUCUAUUAUUAGAUGAACCUGAAGAAGAAGGAGAAAUUUUAAGCAUAUGUAAAAAUAUUUGUAUUAGUGAAAACUCAUAUAUAUAUGCUCAAUUAAUAUUAGAAUAUAUAUAUAGAAAUAACAAUGACAAUAGCAUGAGAAGAUUAUCUCAAUAUUUGUGUCUUUACAUUUUAUAUAGAGAUAUAAAUGUAUAUAAUAUAUGUAAUAAUUAUUUUUCUAAUAUUAUAGAAAAUGAAGUUAGUAUUUCUUAUUUAAUUUUCAAAAUCAAUAAUUUACAUAACUAUAAUUCAUUAUAUAAUAUUUUUAAAAAUAUAUAUAUGACUAGAAAUAAAGGAUGUAUGAAUAUUAAUCAUACAGAUAUAAUAAACUUGCAUAAUGCUAUUUUAAGAAUUUUAAAAAUUUUUAAUGGAAAAAAAUUAUUGCUAUUUGAUUCAACAUACUUAUUUAAUUUAAAAAAUUUUCAACAAAUUAUGAAAAAGGGAAAAAUUAAAGAAAAAAAUAUUCCAUCACAUAAAGAAUAUAACCAUAAGGAAGAUUGUUAUAUAAAUAUAAAAAAUCAUCAUAUAAGUGCAAAUAUUACAAAUGAAAAUAACAGGGAAGUAUUAGAAAAUAAUGGAAAAAAUUCAAACGAAGAAAAAAGCAUAAAUAUACUACAAUGUUCUAAAAAUUAUGAUAUUAUGAAAGAUAAAAAAAUGAAUUAUGAGAAUAACACAAACACUAUUAGUAGUAAUAAAUUUAAACAUAGCAAUAACUGUAUUUGUGAAGAAAAUGAAAUGAACAAUUCUUUAAUUAAUGAUAUUUAUGAAAAAAAAGAAAUUAAAAGUAUUAUGAGCGAAUUUUUAUUACCUCCUGCAUCUCAAUAUGGAAACAAAAAUUUUGAUUAUGCAAAAGAAUUUUUGAGAAUAAAUAUUUAUGCAGAAAAAAUCCCUCUUGUACAUAUGAGAGAUAUUUUUUUUAUUAACAAUAUUAUAAAUAUAUUUGUUAUUAAUAAUGAUUUAUUUUCUAAUAACCUUUAUAAAAUAUAUGCUAAGGUUCUUAUCUUUUUGACUACUUAUUCUCCUUAUGAAUAUGUAUACAAUUAUUAUUAUUCUUUUUUUUUAAAAAAAAAAAAAAAAAUUUCCAAAAAUUAUUCAAGUUCUUUUUUUAAUAUUUACGAUGAUAACAUAUCCAUUAACUUGAAGAAAAAAAAGAGGAACGAAAAAAAGAAAGAAAUGGGAGAAGAAAAUGAUGAAGAGGAUGAAGAAAAUGAAGAAGAGGAUGAAGAAAAUGAAGAAGAGGAUGAAGAAAAUGAAGAAGAGGAUGAAGAAGAUGAAGAAGAAGAAGAAGAGGAAGAAGAAGAGGAAGAUGAAGAUGAAGAAGAGGAAGAAGAGGAAGAAGAGGAAGAUGAAGAAGAAGAGGAAGAUGAAGAAGAAGAGGAAGAAGAAGAAGAGGAAGAAGAAGAGGAAGAAGAAGAGGAAGAUGAAGAAGAAGAGGAAGAAGAAGAAACAGAGGAAGUAGAAGAAAAAAAAAUAAAACAUAAGUGUGAUAACAAUGAAAGAGAAAACAAAGAUGAAAUACGGUUAUAUAAAUUUUUAAAAAUAAAUAAUUUGGAUAAAAAAAAAUAUAUAUUAAAAAAAGAAGGUAAUUUUUUCAGUGAAAAUAAAAAUGAAGGUGAAAAAGAAUUAAAUAAUAAAUGUGAAAAUUAUUUUGAUAAUAAUAUGUUAGAUGAAAGUAUAUACGAAAAAGAAUUAAAUCAAAGGGAUAUAAUGAAUAUUUCCAGUAAUAAAAAAAAGGAAGAAAAUAAUAAAAUAUAUUUUAAUACUUAUACAAAAGACAAUAAUUGUAAUUUAAAUAUAACUGAUAGUGAAUGUGAUUAUAAAAUCGAAGAAAAGCACAAUAGUGAUAACAAUAAUGAAUCUAUUAUUGAUUUAAAUACAUCUGAAAAAGGACAAAAUAAUUAUAAUUCAAGUAAUAAUCACAUUAAACAACAAGCAGAAGAAUGUUUUGAUAAGAAUCUUAUUAAUAAGAGAAAAUUUCGAGAGGUAUAUAAUGAAGAAAAAUUAUCAAAAAUUUAUGAAAAAAAAAACAAACUUCUAACUAAAAAUAUAUAUAAAAAAAAAAGAAAAAAAAAAGAGAAUCACUCUUAUGAUCCAAAAGAUAUUUCUGCCAACAUCGAUUUUUUUAAUAAUGAUAAUUAUAAUAGUGUAAAUAAUAAGGAUAAUAAAGAAAGCAAUGUUGAUAAUAAAUUAAAAGACAUAAGUAACGUAAAUAACACUACAUUCUUACAUGAUAAGGAUAGUAUUUUUUUAAGAAAUGAGAUGAAAUACAAUAGUUUAACUCAUAAUAAUGAAAUUAACCAUGAUGUAAACAAAGGUAAAUUAAAUGAUAAUUCAGAAUUAUUAGAAAUAAAUCAAGUUUUAAAUUAUAAAAAUGAAAAUAAUACGACUAAUAAUUUAGAUGAUAUUUUUGAAUUAAAAACAGAAGUUAAAUCAUGUGAUGAAGUAAAAAGUAGCGUAUUUCAGAAUAUAAAAACAAAAAAAAAAUUAAGAACAAAUAAAAUGAAUAAAAAAAAAAAAUAUUAUUUUUAUAAAUUGUUUCAUAAAUUUAGAUUAACAUAUAAUAAUUUUAUAAGAUAUAUGCAAAAAGAAAUUUUCCAUAUAUAUGAAAUUAUUCAUGGAAAUUAUUCUGAUGUAACCAAAGAUAAAUUACUACUUGGAAAGAUUAAUAGUAACUUAUCAGCAUCUAUAAUUUAUAAAUAUUUAUAUAAUAAUAUUUAUGAAUAUGUAAAUUUAUCCAAAAUUAAUCUAAUAUAUCCAAAACUUAUUUUAUUAAAAUAUAUUGUUGAUAAAUAUCCUCAAAAAAGAUUUCUAACUCUUUAUUUUUUAAAAGAAUUAUAUAUAUUUAUAAUUGAAAAGGAAAAAGCUUUAGAAGAAUAUGCUGAAUUAAGAGAAAACAUAAUUUUGUUUUUUGUUUACAUAAUUAGAUUUGAAAAUAUGUUUUGUUAUGUAGUAAAUAUAAUUAAAUCAAUGGUUUACAUAUUAGAUAAAUCAUUGAUAAGAUUAUUCAUAAUGAAAACAUUGACAUAUUGUUCCCCUCCUUAUGAUCUAAAAUUUUGUGAAUCUCUUCUAAAAUUUAUUUAUUUAGUUUUAAAAAAAGGGGGUAUUUAUUAUAAAAACGAAUUUGAAAAAAUAAUAAAUAAAUUUUUAGAUGAAGUUGUAGAAAUACAUAAAAUACAUCAAACUUCUGAAACUAAAGAUCUUUACAUUUUAAGUAAUUACAUUAAAGAACAAAUUGUAAAAUCAGAAAAUGAAAUAGAAGCACAUUAG